AUGGGGGAAAAUCUUCAGAAAAAUUGCGUUUUGGUUGAUAAAUUUGCAAUUUUUGUUCAGAUCCUUUUGGGUGCAUUCGCGUUUUCAACUCUUAUCUAUAAGAGACAUAGAGAACGACCACAAAGACCUAUGCGCAUAUGGUUUUACGAUGUUAGCAAACAAAUGUUGGGUGCAAGCAUGGUGCAUGGGUUGAAUAUUAUUGUUUCUUAUAUUUCAGGAUCUUCUGAAGCUGAUUAUACAAAUCCUUGUGUGUGGUAUUUUCUUAAUAUACUCGUGGAUUGUACAGUAGGUGUAUUUAUAUUAUAUGUGUUUCUUAAACCUGUACAAUAUUUAGCAAGUACUUUUGGUAUUGAAGGAGUAAAAAGCGGUGAAUAUGGUGAUCCGCCGAGAUUCGAAUGGUGGGCCAGACAAACUAUAGCAUUCAUUGUUUGCAUACUAUUGAUGAAAAUCGUUAUAGUUAUUACUUUUCGUAGUUUUCCUUUUCUGUUCGAUUUUGGAGAAUGGUUUUUGGGAUGGACUCUAUACGAUGCAAAACUUCAAGUUGUAUUUGUAAUGUUAGUUUUCCCUUUGGUUAUGAACACAGUGCAAUUUUGGCUUGUCGAUCAAGUUAUAAAAAAGAAACUAGAAGGUGGAAAGCUUGAAGAUCUUAGAGAUGAAGAGCAUGUAUUUCUUCCUGUAAAUUCUAGCGACGAUGAAAUGGAUUAUAAUGAGAAUAUACGAUCCUAUCUAAAAAAUAGUAGUUAUGUUAGUAUUUCCUCUAUCACUAGCGCAAGUGUAGCUUUGCUAAGGAAAAGCUUGUCGAACACAUUUUAUGAUAAAGACAAAUUCGAGAAUAAUGAUACUGAAGAUGAAACGUACAUUGAACUACGAGCUACAUCUCCUUAUCGCCUAUGA